UCACUAAUUAUCAAAAGCACAACCUGUUGGGUGAGCAGAUAGCUUGUUUGAUGGAGUCAUGUCACCGUUUAUUAUUUGUCAUUUGCUUCAUGCAUAUGCGGUCAUCUGAUAUUGGCUGUGCUCAGCUCAUGGACUGGAAUGUUUGUUUCCUCUAGGAGAGUCAUCAAAGAUGUUGUUUACAAUGUAAGCUGUUGAAAUGGGCAAUAACAUCUGGCCUUAGCAGAAAUCCAACAUGAAAGCAGCCGCCACCCUGAGACAUAAUGGCCUCAGUAGGUAGUUGAGUUAAUAAUCCCUGGCAUGGAAUGGUCAGUGGUCAGAGCGGGUUGUUCGUAGCUUACUGUAAACACGCAAGACUUGGGUGCUUGUAUCCAGAGCAUAUUUCCUCCUGACAGUCAUUUCUGCUGUGUUUGUUCCUGGGGAACCAUCUACAGAGUGCUCCUAUUGUCAAGCUGGACUCUUGCUUACUGGCAUUUCCACUCCAAGGGAGAGAAAGAAAAUCCAUUCCUCGUUGCCGAAGAAUUAACAGGAUGCUCUCCAAUGAGUCCCUACAUUCCCCUGCAUUUAGCCGCUCUAACUCCCAAGCCUCAGUAGACAGCGGAUCCAUGGAGGACUUCUGGCGGGAAAUCGAGAACCUUAAGGAGCACAGCAUCAUGGAAGGACAGGAGGAACCGCCGUCCACCCCAACUGAGACCAAGCCUCUGGAUGAAGGAGAACUUGAAGCAGAGUGGCUACAAGACGUGGGUCUGUCAACUCUGAUCUCUGGUGAUGAAGAGGAAGAUGGCAAAGCUCUGCUCUCAACUUUGACUCGAACCCAAGCAGCUGCAGUAAAGAAGAGAUACAACACCUAUACCCAAACCAUGAGGAAAAAGAACAAGCAGACUGUGCGGGACGUCAGAGACAUCUUUGGAGUCAGUGAAUCUCCUCCAGGUGACUCUUGUGACAACCAUGCCACUCAGUUAGAUGGCACUGAGGAAGAAAAAGAGCUACCAGAAGAAGUUCCCAAAACAAGAGGUUCUACGCCAGAUGGUGCUUCUCUCAACAGUACUGCCGUGUCCGACGGGUCCCCGGAUGAAGAUGGGAGUCUAGCAGAUCCCAGCAGUGACUCUAGGUCUAGACUCACGGCAAUUCCUGAUAUCCCAGUUCAUUCCAAUGGAUCUUCAGACCCUGGGCAGUCAGUUUCGAAUGAACUGCACAAUGGUGAUUAUCUAGAGAAGAACAUUCCAGCAGAGGUUGAAGAGCUGUCCUUUGAAAUAUCUUACUCAGAAAUGAUUACAGAUGCUCCCAAAAGAAAUAAGUAUAAGAAGUCUGAAAUUAAGAAAGAAGAGUGUGCUUUAACUAAAUUUUUUGUACAAAAAACCAGAUUUGGGUUAACUGAAGCAGGAGACCUGUCUGCAGAAGACAUGAAGAAAAUCCGCCAUCUCUCUCUGAUUGAAUUGACUGCCUUUUUUGACGCCUUCAGAAUUCAGCUAAAAAGAAGCAAAACAGAGAAAGUAAAAGGGCGAGACAAUGGGAUUUUUGGAGUUCCACUUACAGUUCUCCUGGAAAAUGAUCGGAAGAAAGAUCCUGGAGUGAAAGUCCCCUUUGUACUACAAAAAUUUUUUGAGAAAGUUGAAGAAUCAGGUCUGGAGUCUGAAGGAAUUUUUCGACUUUCAGGAUGUACUGCCAAAGUCAAGCAAUACCGUGAAGAACUGGAUGCCAAAUUUAAUGCUGAUAAAUUUAAAUGGGAUAAAAUGUGCCAUAGAGAAGCUGCUGUCAUGUUGAAAGCAUUUUUCCGAGAGCUGCCCACCUCCCUCUUCCCAGUGGAAUACAUCCCCGCCUUCAUCACGCUGCUGGAAAGAGGGCCUCACAUCAAAGUGCAGUUCCAAGCUUUACACCUCAUGGUCAUGGCGCUGCCUGAUGCCAACAGAGACACCGCCCAGGCCUUGAUGAAAUUCUUCAGCAAAGUGAUUGCCAACGAAUCAAAAAACCGAAUGAGUGUGUGGAACAUUUCCACCGUGAUGGCGCCCAACCUCUUCUUCAGCAGAAGCAAACACUCUGACUGUGAAGAGCUUCAGCUAGCAAACACGGCUGCACACAUCAUCCGGCUCAUGCUCAAGUAUCAGAACAUCCUGUGGAAGGUCCCAUCUUUUUUGAUCACGCAAGUCAGAAGGAUGAAUGAAGCCACUAUGUUGCUGAAAAAACAGCUCCCAAGUAUGAAAAAGCUACUCAGGAGGAAGACCAUAGAACGGGAGGUUCCAACCCCCAAGACCUCAAAGGUACUACAGAAGUCACCCUCUUCAAGAAGAAUGUCCGACGUGCCGGAGGGGGUCAUCCGAGUCCACGCUCCACUUCUGUCCAAGGUAUCCAUGGCCAUUCAGCUCAACAGUCAGACCAAGGCCAAAGACAUCCUGGCGAAAUUCCAGUAUGAGAACAGUCAUAGUUCAUCUGACUGUAUUAAAAUGCAGAACCAAAGGUUAUAUGAAGUUGGAGGAAAUAUAGGACAGCAUUGCUUGGACCCUGAUGCAUACAUACUGGAUGUGUAUCAUGUAAAUCCUCAUGCAGAAUGGGUGAUUAAACCCCAACCAAGACUUUGAAAAAUAUGCCCAGGAUGGCCCUUGUCAUAUAUUAUAUGCCAAAAAAAAAAAUCAAAAACAAUCCUGGCUUGGUUGGUUGGGGGAGCCAGCACUGCCUUGGCCGGUUUGUUCCCGUGGGCCUCUCUGUGCUUUGCCUUCCUGUGUGGGGGGGGCGGUGUCUCCAGCUCUGUGGACAAGAACUAUGGAAGGGAGCUGACUCACCCUUGGAGCCGAAGGUUCUCGUCAUGUUCCUUGACGAGAGGAUAGGAGGCGUGGUCCAUCCGGAAGAAAGGCCCUCGAAUCCGAACUCCCACCACUCGCCUUCCCUUGACUUUGCAGCCGGCAUGAACUUGGCCCUACAGCUGGAAAUCACCACUUCCUGCCGUAGCCCGUGCCACCAAACACGAGAAGGGAAGAGACCCUUCUUUUUUUUAUACUUUGUUCUAUACUCAUUUCACCUUAUUUGAGCAAGAAUGCCAGAAAUGGCCUUCAUUUCUGUCCUACAAGGAAUCUGCUUUCCACAGGGAGUCGGUUUCUAAUGUGACACUACAAUGUUGCGUGCACUUGAGUCUACAGGAAGCUGUUCUGUGGACGGGUGUCCGUGGGUGAGCCGUUGGUGUCCUGGAGCACAUGCCUGUGUCUCUGUCCGUGAAAACAGAGGUUUCAUGGCGGCCCAUUCUGUGAGCUCACCGAUACAGACACACCGGAGGCUUCCGCGGCAGCCAGUAGCCAAAGCGCCUUGGCCUUCCCAUCAGGUUUUGGUGCUCCACGAAUAUCCUUCUGGGUAUCAGGAACGAGAUCCCCAGUUUACGUUGUAUAAUAAUAGAAAAGCACUUUGCAACAACAGCCUAAAAACACUACCACUAAAACUAUGUCUGACAAGUUCUAAAAGCAGAUUUUUGUUUUGCCUCAUUAGUCACAGACUAGCCAGGCCCUGUGGGUUAGCACCCGUGAGCCGGGCACGUCACCGUCAGAACCUUGCAGUGGUUCCCUAGAUCCCCAGUGGGCCAAACCCAGGUCGUCUGCAUUUCCUAAGUGUGCGAAGGAAUGGCACUGAGUCGCAGAGUCGUCACUGCAUGUGAGCCCGCUCACCACAACACAGACCCCUGGACCCCAGGCACACGCUCUGGCUGGGCUCCCCAGAUUUCGAGUUCGAUAGAUUUGUAGUUUGAUAGAUUUAUUUGAGCCUUAGAAACGCAAGAAUAUAUACUUAAGACCUAAAUGAGUCUCCCUUGCAAUUCAAACGAAGUAGAGUCCCAAAUUUAGAAAACACUUCUUGGGCUCCUAAGGCACAGGGCAGGAUGGUAAUGGUCUUAAAGAGUACAUGUGGAAGGAAUAACUCCCAUGCUCUUCAUGCCUUGGUGUCUGUGUAAAGCAUUAUUUAUAUUCAACAUGCAGACCACUGUGUUUCUGGCCUUUGGGAUUUUUGUCACCACUUUUAUAGAAAAUACAGAGUCAUUCGCAAAUUAUAAUUUCCUUUGCCUGACAACUCACUAGAAACAAAAUAUACAAUCUGUAGGUUUAUUUUUUUAUUUCUCCUUUGCAUCUGUUUUCAGUAUAUUGAUGGCAUAUGAGUUUACAUAAGGAAUUUCCAGAAUCUGUGAAAUUCUUCUAUCAUUCUUGCAAUUUAAGAAAGACUAAGCAUUUCAUUUUAUAUACUUGCCAAAUCCCCAAACCAAUCAUUAUGGCUACAUGUGGAAGAAAUUCUUCUACAAGCUCCCUUGCAUUUGUGUAUGUACAUGAAAGAGGCUGACCUUUUGUAUUUCUUCUCAUUCACAUAGUUCUGUUCUGUGAUAUUUAUACAGAAAACUUACAAAUCUAUUCAAUUUCUUCUUUUUAGUUUAGAGUUGUCAUUUCUUUUCAUAUUAGAACCUGUACCUUCAUUCCAAAGGUUUUAUGAUCAGUUUAUUGAAAAACAUGGCAACUUUUAGAUUACUAUGUAAUAUGGAAGGUGACGUCAAUGUCAAAAUCAUCAGAGGGAAUUUUUAUUCUAAUCUUUAUUAAAGCUUAUUAAUAGUGUAGCAAAGAAUGUUAGCAGACACACUACUAUUUGUGUGGCUAAAGAAGUUCUUUUUGCUAAUUUUAUUCUUCACAAAUAAAUCCCUACAGUUACAUUUAAAAUGCUUGCCACCCUGGGCCACUGCGACUUACCCUAGCUCCUUGGGAGGCUGAGAUCCAAGGAUGGCAGUUUGAAGCCAGCCCAGGCAGGAACGUCCAUGAGACUCUUACCUCCAAUUAA